AUGGCUCCAAAUACGCAACCCCCCAAUAUUUUCGAAGACGCUCCCCGUUCUCCUACCAAACCGUCCGUGAUUCGAGCCAUCCUAUCCGCCAAAGCACACAAAAGAAACCUCUCCGCAGAUGAGACGAUCGCCCCCAAGCCCUUGAAUCGAAGCAAGCCCCUCAACAACUCUUUCGAAUCAUCAAUCGAUGGGCAGAAUCAGCACUACCAGCAGCCAUUGACUGAAAUAACGGCCAACCGUGACGCGGGCGACGGGCCUCCCAAGUCGCCCACCAAGUCUGGCGGGAUUGGUCUGCACAAGAAGACAAAGAGUGCCGUCUCGCUAAAAUCGCUGAUUAGCUACAUGGAGCGAAAGGACAAUAAAACAGAGGACUUGGCGGACGAGGAAUCACAGGAGUGGAAGCCCAAAAAGGCCAAGUCCGCCAACAGCCUAACGGCUAUCCUGAAACGUUCUCAGCGGGGCCGCAAGAAUUCCACCGCCUCCUCCAAGGACGGUCCCAAUAAUAAAGAGAACCGGAGCCCAAGUGAUAGUUUGCCAUCGCCCGUUUGGACACAGUAUACAGCACGGUCUUCGUUCGAACAACCUGCACCCCGACGGUCGCAAGACAAACGGCGAACGUUACACGACGAAGUCUCUCUGUACACCCCAAGAGGCUAUGGACCACAAGAACAACGCAAUUUCUACGACCUCCAUCAACCGUCUUUGACGAAACGCACUGAAACAAGACCCCGUCCCAAGUCGGAGAUUAUAACGGGAAACCGUAAGAUGAAGGAAGUACUCGGCGCCAUGCGUACCCCAUCUGACAACGCGUAUCCCGCCGACGCGCCAGAGUCUCCAUCACCAACCAAGCCCCAAGGACGGCCUCGAAGGUUCUCGCGACCAAGGUCGCGUUCUCGUUCCCGUUCAGGAAUUGAGCAGCAGCCAGAACAGAAGCCAGAUUCCAAUCCCAAAAAGGUUUCCCGCGUCCAAGCAGCGAUCUCAGCUUUCAAUGCCAAAGAGCAGGGAGCAGAUUUGCAUCGAAUGAGCGUCAAAGAGCUUGAAAGCGAGUUCGAAAAGCUCCUGGAUGCACGCAACAUCCCCCAUAACAUGAGGGAUAAAAUGCGGUCGUUGGAUACAAACAUAAAAAUAGACUUUAUCCAGAAGGACCGCAACGAAAGUGCAACGCCGUCCAGUGCCAACCCUGGUGCGGACACGACAGACGGCAGUCGCCGAGGUCGCAAGAAGGAACAGAAAGACGACCAAAGUCGGGAUGGCAAGUCUCGCUCGCGAUCGAGAAGUCGCGGCUGGAGCUUCAAGGGCAGCAUCUCGCCGACAAAGAAACGAUCCGGGAGUGGAAGCUCCCACCGGCGUCCCAAGUCGGCAGAUUUCUCGCAGCCCGCAACACUGGCGAAUAUCUUGACGCCAACGACUUCGGUGACAUCGCUUGCCAUGACGACAAAUCACGAUACUGCCAUUGACCCGUCUGACUUCGUGCAUUAUCUGAGAGAGAUCCAGAAGCCAGAAAUGGUCGAGGUAGGAAAGGUGCAUAAACUACGCCUUCUAUUACGGAACGAGACGGUCACUUGGGUGGACACCUUUAUUGCGGAUGGCGGUAUGGAUGAAAUAGUUCAACUGCUUUACCGCAUUAUGAAAGUGGAAUGGAGAGAAGAGCAUGAAGACAAUCUCUUACACGAGACCCUGCUCUGUAUGAAAGCUCUCUGCACAACGUCUGUAGCGUUGAAACACCUUACCGAUAUCGAGGGUGAACUCUUUCCAGCCCUACUGAAAAUGCUCUUUGACGAGGAGAAAAAGGGACCAAGCGAGUUCACCACUCGUCAGAUCAUCAUCAACCUUUUAUUUACGCAGCUUGACACCGCCAGCUCCAACGAUGAUGCAGCUACUCGUGCUUCACGGCUUCUGUCCUACUUACGUGACCCUACCCCAUCCGAAGAGAAUCAACCCUUGAACUUCAUUGCCAACAUCUACCAAUCUCGUCCGUACCGAGUCUGGUGCAAGGAAGUAACAAACGUCAGCAAAGAAGUAUUCUGGAUCUUCCUGCACCACUUGAACGUGAUCCCGAUCGUGAAAUCCGAUGACACAACUUCAGCCUAUCGAGAGCGUCAUUUCCCCGUACCUAGGCCACCAGUCCCAGCAGCGCCCUAUGUGGGUGGAGUGGAAUGGGAUGCCACCAAUUACCUGGCUGCACACCUAGACCUCCUCAACGGUCUCAUUGCAUCGAUGCCAACAAAGGAAGAACGCAACAAUCUGCGCGACGAGUUCCGAGCUUCCGGCUUCGAAAAGGUAAUGGGUGGCAAUCUACGGACAUGCAAAGAGAAAUUCUACUCGUCCAUUCAUGACUGUUUGCGCACUUGGAUAUCGGCCGCCAUGGAAGAUGAAUGGCCAUACACCUUUGUCCGCGAGGGACCACCUCGACCAGAACCGUCCAAAUCACCAAUCAAAACUACUGGUGGUAGCCCUAAGAAGGGAGUUAUCGCUGAAAAGCCACCACAGUUGGAGCUGCCGCUCCCUUUGCCCGUUGGCAACAACAAUGACAAUCGCCGGUUUUCGCCCAAGGGCGAUAUCAACAAUUGGCUUUGA